AGAGAGAGAGAGAGAGAGAGAGAGAGAGAGAGAGAAGCUGACUCGUCCUUGAAUGCGGUUCGACAAAAAUCUCACAGUAGAGGAGAGAGAGAGAGAACAGAGGACACAGAGAAGGAGGGAGGACAGUAAGAGAGCUGAGUGAAACCAGUCCGGGGUCUCUUCUACCAUCUGAAACACGGUGUUAGUUUCACCGACGUAGCGAGUAGCAUCAGCUCGCUUCCUGCGCAUCCUCCGCGGCCCCGCAUCACUGCUGCCCGGGGAGAAGACUGCCCGCAUCUCACAGUCAGGCAGGUUGGACACAUCUUCUUCCUGUGAAAUACCGUCAACAGGUUUUGAUCCCAUCUGCACCUGAUCUGUAUGUGAGCACCAGACGAUGGAGUUCUUGCUGUGUCUGCUGGUCCUCAGCCCAGUGACUCUGAAGGAGGCUUUCGGUGGAGAUGUGUGUGUGUCGGGUCAUGACAGCGGGCCAGUGUUUGAAGAACAGCCAAGAAGUUUAAUUUACCCAGAGGGCCUGAUUGAAGGGAAGGUGACCCUCAGCUGUCAGGCCAGGGCCAGUCCAGCUGCUUCCUACAGAUGGCUUGUGAAUGGCACAGAGGUCCCGCUGGGUUUUGACCUGCGUUACACUCUGGUGGCCGGGAACCUGGUGAUCACCAGCCCUGAGCCUAAUCGAGACACAGGCUCUUAUCAGUGCCUGGCCAUCAACCGCUGUGGCACCAUCAUCAGCCAAGCAGCUAACCUCAAAUUUGGCUACCUUCAUGAUUUCCCUCCAGACAGCAGGAGUCCUCAGACAGCAUAUGAAGGCAUAGGAACUUUCCUAGCGUGCCAGCCACCCCCACAUUACCCAGCUCUGUCCUACCGAUGGCUUAUCAAUGAUUUUCCCAACUUCAUCAAAAACGACGACGGCCGCUGGUUUGUGUCCCAGGUAACAGGAAACCUGUAUGUGGCCAAAGCAGAGCCCAAUGACACUGGGAACUACUACUGCUUCACCACCAUCAACUUGGACAUCAGCACCAAGAGCACCUUCAGCAAGGCCAACCAGCUCACUGUGCUGCCUGAUGCCAGUCCCAGGAAGUCGGCUCCAAAUAUCAAAGUGCGCUUCCCAGCGGAGACCUACGCCCUCGCAGGACACACCGCCCAGUUAGAGUGCUUCGCCUAUGGAAAUCCUGUCCCGAAACUGCGAUGGAGAAAGGUGGAUGGAUUGAUGCCGUCCAAGGCAGGCUCCAGUGCCGAGAGUCCCACCCUCAUCCUGCCAGACCUCUCCUUCGAUGAUGAGGGUGUUUACGAGUGUGAAGCCUACAACUCAGAGGGAAGUGAUACAUACCAGGGACGCAUCAGCGUGCAAGCUCAGCCAGAGUGGCUGCAGGUGAUGAGCGACUCAGAGGUGGAGAUCAGUUCAGAGCUGCACUGGAGUUGUGUGGCUGCUGGUAAACCACGACCCUCCGUACGCUGGCUACGCAACGGACAGCCACUCACUACACAGGACCGAGUGGAGGUGAACGGAGCUCGUCUUAAGAUCAGUAACCUGGCCCUGGAGGAUUCUGGGAUGUACCAGUGUGUGGCUGAGAACAAGCAUGGCACCAUUUACUCAACCUCUGAGCUCAGAGUCCAAGUUGAGGCUCCAGACUUCAGGUUGAAUCCUGUACGGAAACUGAUCCCAGCAGCCAGAGGGGGGCGGGUGAUGAUCGAGUGUCGCCCUCGAGCUGCCCCAAAGCCCAGCCUGUUCUGGAGUCGUGGAACGGAGCUGCUCACCAACAGCAGCAGGGUGACAGUAACUCCAGAUGGAAUCUUAUGGAUCCACAACAUCAGCAGGGCAGAUGAAGGGAAAUACACCUGCUUUGCUGAGAACUAUCUGGGCAAAGCCAACAGCACCGGACACCUGUCUGUCAGAGAUGCCACGAAGAUCACUCUUGCUCCUUCCAAUGCUGACAUCAACCAGGGUGAGAAUGUGACGCUGCAGUGUCAUGCCUCCCACGACCCCACCAUGGACCUGACCUUCACCUGGGCCCUCAACGGGGUCCUGCUGGACCUGGAGGAUCCUGCUGGGCCAUACCACCGGGUGGAGGGGAAAGAAACCAUUGGUGAUCUGUUAAUUGUGAAUGCUCAGCUGAGUCAGGCAGGGAUGUACACCUGCACAGCUCAGACUGUGGUGGACAGUGCCUCAGCUUCAGCCAAACUGGUGGUUCGAGGCCCCCCAGGACCUCCCGGAGGUUUACUGGUGAAGAACGUUGCUGAGACGUCAGUGGAGCUCAGGUGGAGUCGUGGCUACGAUAACCACAGUCCCAUCGGCAAAUAUGUCAUCAUGGGCCGAUCUUCACUCUCAUCAGAGUGGAAGAAGAUGAGGACAGACCCAGUGAACAUUGAGGGGAAUGCAGAGUCGGCUCGUGUGAUUGGACUCAUGCCUUGGAUGGAUUAUGAAUUCCAGGUCAUUGCCAGCAACAUCCUGGGCAGUGGAGAGCCUAGCGUGCCUUCACACACCAUCCGCACACAGCAAGCAGCUCCUACAGUGGCUCCCAGUGGACUUGGAGGAGGGGGAGGAGACCGCAAUGAGCUCAUUAUAACCUGGACGCCCAUGGCCAGAGAGUACCAGAAUGGUGACGGCUUUGGCUACAUCCUGGCAUUUAGGAAGAAAGACACAUCAUGGACAGUGGUGCGCAUUCCUCACGUCGAGUCGUCCCGGUAUGUGUACUACAACGACAGCCUGACACCGUACAGUCCCUUUGAGGUGAAGAUUAAAGCUUAUAACCGCAGAGGAGAAGGUCCAUUCAGCCAGAUUGCUGUGGUCUACUCUGCAGAGGAGGAGCCAACAGUGGGACCAUCAUACAUCAAUGCCACAGCGAUGACUGCCUUUGAGAUCCAGGUGUCAUGGGAGCCCGUCCAACAGCUUAGCGCCAACGGCAUCCUCAGAGGAUACGAGAUCCGGUACUGGCGGCAGCAUGAACGGGAAGCAGCAGCAGACCGAGUGCGAACAGCAGGACUGGAAACAACAGCCAGAGUGUCGGGACUUCGACCCAGCACUCGAUACCAUGUCGCUGUCCUGGCUUACAACAGUGCUGGCACUGGGCCACCCUCACCACGCACCACUGUCACCACCAGGAAACCACCUCCCAAUCGACCUCCAGGCAAUGUGUCAUGGAAGACUGAUGGCUCAUGGGUAAUGGUGAGGUGGGACCAUGUGAAGGCCAUGCAUAAUGAGUCAGCUAUACUGGGCUACAAAGUUCUGUACAAGCAUGAGGGCCAGACAGCACUGAAGGUUCUGGACAAGGGGAAGAGUUCGGUCAGCCUGCCGCUGCCAAAAGACAACGGUUACGUUGUGUUGGAGAUUCGGUCCUGGGGCGAGGGUGGGGACGGGCCGGCACAUGAGAUUAUUGUUUCCCGGGACUCAGGAACUGGUAUGAUGGUGCAGAAUGAGGCCUCCGCCACACUGUCCAGUCACCUGCUCCACCUCCUCACUGGCUUACUUCUCUACAGUCUUGUGUCGUUGUCAGGCCUGUGAUUUCAGCCAAUCUCUGGACUUUUUACUUUUCUGGCUUAAAACUAAAGCUCUCAUGUGUCUCAGCCUGUGUUUUGGGUUGGAGUAGAUUCCGACAGUCGGGGAAGGUUGUAGCACUGCAGGGAUUGGAAGGUGUGGGGAAGAAGAGAGGGGAUUAUUCUUUUUAUAAUAAAUACAAAGAGGGGUUUUUUUUCUUCUUUUUUUUUAGUCUGGAUGGGUGAAGGGGGAUGGGGGAGCAGGGCAGCCCUGUCUGAUUGUGUAUCCGUGUACUGGUGUCAAAACAUGCCUUAUGGGGACCAUCACAUCUGUGGCUGGCGCAUCUCAUACCUGCGUCCUCCAAACUGUAGCUGGUGAGACACAGACUUCAGGUGUAAAUUAUUCAUAGAAUCAGUAGUGUGUAUAACCUGUGUACAUACAGUACAGUCUUACAUAUGAUGGAUGUCUGCAUGUUCACACUGUAAACAACUUGACCGAUGAGUCUCUAUAAUCUGACCUGUUACAUUUUUGCACAUUUUGAGUCAUAUUUUCAGUACACAUGGCCUCACAUCCACCAGAACAGUUGCAUCUACAGUCACUUUUUCAAAAUAUCAAGUUUGAAUGAAUUGGAACUAAUAUAUACUAUGAAUAGUUAGAAAUCAUUCAAAUGCAAUCAGUAAAUGCAUAUUAAUAGAAUAGGGGUGUGACAGUAUCAAAUUUUCAAGCCAUAUUUAUUGUGAACAAAAGUAUCACAGAAAACUUAUUAUUACAGUUUUCUGUUAGAGCUAAAAUAUACUAAAAUGACUACACACCAUGUUUACCUUGCAUUAGCAUAGCAAACCUAACAAAUACAGAUAGUAAACUUUAUGAUACAACUUUUUUGGACUCUGCAAAAACAUUCAUAUAAAAUACACCUAAAAACACCAUCAAUAUGAGAAGUCUGUCUGUUAAAAGACAGGGAAUAACUUCAAAUGCAGCACAAUGUCAAAGUUUUAUCUUUGUCUCUCAUGUAAAUUGGAUGCUUUUUGUCAUUUAAUGUCACUACUCAAUUCCACAAACUGGUCGUGCUUUUGUUGGUUGAAUAGCUAAUGUUAGCACUGCCAGUGUAGCUAGUCAGACAAACAGCCUGGUUCACUGACCCUGCCUCUGUUUGACCGGUAAGGAAACGCUCCCUUGUGGCUAAUCAAAAUAAACUGCUAAUGAAGAUGAAGGAGCUCUGCUAUGUUCACAGUGCAACGUUAGUCAUGGUAACUGUAAUAGAAAUUGUUGGUGGUGUUGUCACCAUCAGUACGUUUCACCAUGGUACAUAGUAAAACCAGUAUACCAGUACAUCUCUAUUGUAGAAUGCAUGUUCUGUUCAUUUGACAAGCUAAUGUUACUGUGAAAAUUGUUACAUUUUAACUGCUAACCACAAUUUAUCCAUCUUUGGAGUCAAAUGCAAAUGCUUCCUCACAGUACUUCUCAGUUGGUUUUGUGUCAUGCUUGUCUGUUCAGCACAGCUCACUGGUUUCCUCCAUUUUGCCUUAGAAAAGAGAACAACGGCCUGGUAGAUUAGACCCAUUGCAUGUCCUGAGCAGCAUGACAUGCAGGUCAGACAGUGUAUUUUAGGAACGGCACACCCGGAGUAGACGGCACAGCCUGUCGUGCUCAUACACUGAAUUUUGACUUCACAGUGUACUCAUAUUUUAUUCAUGACAGUUUGAAUUUUAUUUUUUUUCCUCUUAUGUUCAAACAGUAGUAAUCUGCAAUAUCUGUUGUUCCACAUCAGCCAGGUUAGUAACAUUACCAAAUAUCACUCACCUAACAUUCAUGUUUCUUUCAUGUAUAUUUCCGUUUCUCUACAAACAUACAGUACAUUUUGAGCAUCCACCCAACUGAAAAGACCCAGUCUUUUUAUGACUUAUAGGUCUAGUUGCUCACAGUGUGAAUACAGAAUAAGAAUCAGUAACUGAAGCACUGAAUAACUUUUUAUUGUUGAUAUCCAGCUUCUGCUAAUGUCUCUAUGCGUGUUUGUGUUUUUGCAUCAGCUGUAAUUAUAGCAAACUACAGAAAUAUGUCACUGGUCCAAAUGAAUGUUUACAUUUUCUAUUUUUGAUGUUGAUUUUGGGGAAACUGAAAUUGGAUGGAUGAAGGGGUAUUUCAUUCUUUGUUUCCAUUUAUUGUGCCUGAAUUGUUUGAAUAAUUCUGACAAUGUAAAAAUGCUUGUGUAGUGUUUUGGUUUAUUGCAGCUGCUUUUAUGCUGAUAGAUAUGGAAGGUCAGAGCAGCAGGGAUGACUUACUGGCAGAGAUGAAAGAGUUGUUCACUGAAGUUAUCAGAGAGUACAGUGAACAUGUCAUAUAUCCUCCUCAUUGUAAUCCUGUCAGCGUCUAUCAGCUCUUAUGUAACAUGUCCGCUUCACUUUACAGGAAGGAUGUGACUUCUAGCAGCAUUGUGUCUGGAACUCAUUCAGGUAGUAAUCUUUUGUCCACAGUUACAGUAUCCUGUCCAGGUCAGGUCUGGUCAACUUGUCAAAGAUAUACUGCACAUCACAUGCUUUUUUUUUGUCUUACUUAAUUUUGUGGUUUUAGUUUGGACAGUCUGCUGUCAUAACUUUAAUAAUUGUUAGUUACUGAUGCUUUGAGUUGAGACUGUCGUCCAAGAGUCAGGAGCAACUUGAAUACGUGGUUUGGGUCUCUAUCAUUGCCCACAAAACACCAACGAAAGCCAGAGCCCAGUCCACUUCAGAUUCUGUUCAUAUGUGACUAUUCUCCAUCUGAUGUUUAUGUCGGAUAUGAAGUAGUUCAUAUAGACUGUAGAGAUCAUGGUGGUGGUGGAUGGCUAAUAUUUGUGCUCCCUUUUAGACAGGUGGUAUAGGUUCAUGUUACAUACUUGUAGUCUGCAUUGACAGUUUUAUCGACAUCAUAUUAACCUUAACCAUAUUUUAGUUCCAUGACCACAACCAUUCCCAAAUCUUCACAAAGCAGAGCCUAAAAGUUCAUUCUUGACCUUGGAAACAGCAGUAUAAUAUUUAAAAAACCCAUGGUCCACUUACACUGCUACCUUUUUAAUCUCAUGGUUUUCCUCAGGGCAUGUAGUUUGCUCAGUUGUCGUAGAGAUAGAUCUGUUGUCAUCAUGUCAUCACAACAACUGAGCAGACCACUGAGGAAAAGUGAUAUGUGGUUGAGAGGUCUGGAAAAAGCUAAUAAGUGGACUUGGAGUUAAGAUUUUUUCCAUCAAAUAUCACAAUCCUUGUUUGAAGCUUCAAUAUGCAGCCUCUCUUCGAGAAAGGAUUUGCAUUAGAAAUAAACUGAUAAAUAUCGGGCAUAUUUCAGACAGUUACAUUUACUCUUAAAAUAUUACUGUAUUUCCCUCUUUCUUUUGUCGCCACAAAAAAAGAAAAACCCUGACGCAUUCGCACUGUUUCUUUACUGUUUAUGCACCUAUUCAUGCUUCUUGGCGGGUAGCUGCGUACUAGUGGAAGGCAUCCAAUCCUGCAGUUGUGUCAGUGCAUGUUUGUAGCUCAUUGCAGUUGAAUUGCAAAAAUCACAUGUUGUAUGUACUUGUUAGGCUAUAUGAAUUGAGCCCCGGAACCCUCUUGAUUUAAUGUUUACUUAUAAUCAAACAUAAUUCUUAAUAAAGAGCUGUAAAGGGGAUAUUGUAUCUGUCAUUCCUGUUAGUAGCCUGCAGAGUGGCAGAUUAUGGGCCGUAGACUGGGCUAUGCAAUGACGGUAGAGUCAACACAUUCAAAGGUAGUCGUACAGAAGGCUACGUGGCCUCUGAACAAUAUAACCGACAUGCGCAAGGAUUUGCAAAGGGGUUUUCAUUUCUGGUAACACAAAAGUACUCUAACGAGUUACUUUUCUAGUAGGUAACGCUGUAACGUAACAAGUUACUUUUUAAUGGCAGUAAUGUUGUAAUGUAACAAGUUACCUUUAAAAGUAACUUUACCCAACACUGAUGUUGACUGAUAAAUAACAAUUCUAUCACAUUUCACAAAUUCUAACAGAUAACAAAUAACAAAUUUAAAGGACCAGUGUGUAAGAUUUAGUGGCAUCUAACAGAACGGACU